CAUGAAUGCAGGUCUCAGAACCUCUGGACCUAGAGACAGGCAGAUAGGCCGCUAGAACAAUGUAGUGCCUGGGAUAGCACAGGGCAAAGAAGUCCUGGAUCUCUACACAGACUCUAGGGUAUCUGCCUGGGCUUUGCGGCCACGGGCCCUCUGCUCGUGAAGUACGUCUGGUUGGCCCCUUGAGAAGGAAAAGAAUGGAUAUCUGUCUGGAGUAAUGCCUUGGAGAACGGAGCAACUCACACUAAUGGCUCUUUACUUCUGUUUCUGAAGUCUCACAGUCAGAAAUGUUAGCAAAGGACCUGAAAAAGUUGACGCUCAACCCCAGUGCCGAGAAGUCCUCUUCUUUACAGCCAGUACGUUAUAGUCGACGCCAGCAUCGCCGCCCCCGUCCGAAGAUGAGGGUGGUGGAGAAUAACAGUGAAAAAAUCUUGAGAGCGGUCCAAAGUGCCUUUCCCAAGAGAAGAGUCCGCACGCUACUGUCUGUGCAGAGAGAUCCUGUAGCAAGGAUGAAAAGAUUUAUGCGGGAUGAGAGUGAGCCGUUCAGAUGCCUCUGCACUUUCUGUGUGUAUCAAGGGUGGGAUCCUGCUGAGAACGCUAAAAUAGGGCAGAAUAAUUAGGACAAGUCGUUUCAGGGCUGACCUGUGCACUGCCCUUACUGCUGCUGAUGCCAUACAGCAGGUGUGAAAAGCUUUUUUUUUUUAAAAAAGAUCAUUAAACCGUAGAGAUUUGUGAAGUUGGAAUGCACAAGAAUGCCUUUAGUUUGACCCAAAGAAACAAGAAUGAGUCUCAAAGUCUGGGGUUAAAUACAAUGACUCGAAAGAAUGUCAGUAGAAUUAGGGGAUGGUUUGGUUUGGAAGGUAAUAACUGGAUGGAAUAGAUCUUUGUAUGUUCUAAUUCACAGAAAUUUGUAAU